UGCACUGGUUACACUGAAACUGUUGCUGAUCCUCAGAACAGAAGAAACAGCUGCUCAUUCUGUUUUCACUCUUGGAUCUGUACCAUUAACCCGGAGAAACAAUGUGUAAGGGACUAGCUGUUCUACCGGCAACAUGCUUGAAAAGUGCAAAAGACAUGAAGCAUCGGAUUGGGUUCCUGCUUCAGAAGCCAGACUUGAACCCUGAUCAGAGGGCAGUUCAUGGCAAAGAGAAAUCCACCUCAGUGAAGAGAAUUUCACAAGCCGAAGUCAACAAGUGGAAAGACUCUUUGGAGACCCUGCUAAAUAAUGAUGUUGGUCUUACAGCUUUUGCCACCUUCCUUAAGUCCGAAUUUAGUCAGGAGAACAUUGAGUUUUGGAUGGCCUGCCAGGAGUACAAGAAAAUCACAUCUCAGGAAAAGCUGGCCUCCAAGGCGAGAAAGAUUUAUGACCAGUACGUCGCCGCUGAGUCUCCAAACGAGGUCAACCUGGACUCUGUCACCAGAGAGGAGACCAGGAAGAACCUGGAAAACCCUGGUCCUUCCUGCUUUGAGGAGGCCCAGAGAAAGAUCUUCCUCUUGAUGGAGAAGGACUCCUACAAGCGUUUCCUGAAAUCCAAGCUGUUCCUGGACUUGGUGCAGCAGCCCACAAGCAACAUGCCCUGUGGUAUGGAGAAAAGAGGGAGGAGGAACACCUCUGAGUUUGGGCAGACCCUUCCUCAGUGUGCUUAGAGCACAAAUGUGUUUGAUGUAGAGCUGAAGCAUACCUUUCAAUACCCAGUUGCUAGCCACAAAGCAUAGACAUAGUGUUACAAUGCCAUCGCAGCCUGACGGUCAAACACCGACAAUAGAAAGGGUUUUUUUUUUUUUGCUUCAUACCUCACAGCACAAUACAUGGACAGAUAACUGGAAAUAUCCACAGGAACUGUACAUGUCUCAGUGUCCAGUAAAUACAACCCUUGGCCAUGCUUGCAAAGGGCUCAAAGUAUCAUAGUCAUCAUUGUAACUUUGUAGGUGCAUAUAUUCAACUACAGUCUAAAGGGGCCAAUUCAAGUGAAGCA